AUGCUAGCUGAUUUUAUGCUCAAUGAACAAGCUACAUCAUGUGAACCCGAUGGUAGUACAAAUCAAACUAAUGAUGAAAUUUAUGAUGGUACAAAGGCACAAUAUCAGCGAAAACAAAGCGAAGAUUUAUUAAAUCUAACGGUAUGUAAUUUUUCUGAUUUAUGUUUAAUUAAUCCAAGCAAUGUACCACAAUUAACUUUCAUACAAGUAUGCAAAGAGUAUGCAAAUUUAGGUCCUUCAAGUUGUAAUUGUAAAUCAACAUGUUCAACUAAAGCUUGUGCAUGUAAAUCUAAAGGCAUUGGUUUUGGACUAAUAUAUGCGCCAGCCAUUAUCUCUGUUGGAUAUUAUUUCGAAAAAAAACGUUCAUUUGCUAUGGGCAUUGCUGUUAGUGCAUCAGGUUUGGGUACAGUUAUAUUUCCUCUCAUUAUGCAUCGGGUGAUCGCUUUAUUUCUUUGGGGCGAUUACAAGGGUGCUCUUCUCAUCGAAUCAGCCAUCAUCUUCGUAUGUGUCAUUUUUGGUCUCCUUAUGCUUCCUCUACCACAAGAACCUAGCGAGAAGAGACGUGCACAACGAAGAUUACGAUCAGAAGCCAAACGACAAGCGGCUAGAGCAGCGCAGAGUGUUGGUAACAGUGACGAACAAGCAAGACAACUACUGACAGAAACGGAAAGGUUUGGAAGAAAAUCUGACAAUGCACCCAUACAAGAAGCGAAUAUGGCUCUGCCAGUAUCGGAUAAUGUUGAUCCACAUGAGCAAACAUGUUUAUCAGAUAAUCAAGGUCGGAAAUCACCCUCUCCGCAAGACGUUCCAUCUUCUCUGUCUGAUGGUAGUAAUACGAAGAGCAAAAGCACUUCUAAAUCUCUGUUAAAUCUAUCUUCGCCGUGUCCUCCUUCUGUGGUAACAAUACGAAAGGAUGCUAUGUAUCAAGGUAGCCUUAAUAAUAUACCUUUAUACAACGACGAUACCGAUGAAUAUCAUCGGCAGGUAAUCACGACGAGUGAUGCAGAAAAGCAACCUGUGCUGACAGCCGGUGAAAUAGACUCAAAAACUAUUCCCAAUAAAAGCAAUGAAAAGGCUACAUCGUUUAUUAAUCAACUUGCAAAUGAAGUCGAUCUGAAACUUCUCGGCGAUACGGCAUUUGCACUUUUUACAAUAUCAAACUUUUUGACAAGUCUUGGUUUCAAUGUACCGUACAAUUUUGCUCAUGACCUUGCAAAAGAUUCACGUGUCAAAGAAAGUCAAAGAGAAUAUGUUAUCAUGUCGAUCGGUUUGUCGAAUGCUGUUGGUCGCAUUUUAAUUGGCUAUUUAGGAGAUUGUAAAUUGGUCAACCGUCUUUUUUUAUAUAACUCAACGUUAAUCAUUGCCGGGCUGGCUACUAUAAUUGCUCCACACUGUGGUUCUCACGUUCUUUUUCAUUUAAUUUAUGCCUCAUUUUUUGGUUUUUUCUCCGGCGGCUACGUUGGCUUGACAUCGAUCAUUAUUACCGAUCUUGUCGGUAUUAAUAAAUUAUCACGUGGAUUGGGUUUGGUUCUACUCUUUCAAGGGGUUGCAGUCGCUAUAGGCACUCCGAUUGUCGGUACGUACCCAUUUCUCCUAUUGUUUCAAU